AGAUGUUAGCUCAACCAUCACCCAUGAGUGCCAUGUCAAUACCAUCCCUUAAAAUUCCUUUAUAUCAAUCACCAUCCCCUGCCCACUUAUGGCAAGGUACCAUUUGACAUUAAAUUUUAAUAUUGUCACUUGAUAAUUUUGCCAUGAUCAGAUUAAAACCUGUCAAACGUUUUUUGACAAACAUGAAAGUUUCGCAUGACAAUCUGUCAGUCAGUUCAUUCUUAGAUGAAAUUGAUGGUAGUUCUAAGCUUCUAAUGAUAUUUAACUCUUCCAGUUAAACAGACCAAGACGUCAGGAGUGAGGAGUGUACAAGUUAGUUCAAACACUGCCUAUCCAUCACCGUCACCUAUCAUCCCCUCUCCUAGUCUGGCUGUCCACUCGCCUGGCAAAACUAAUCUGGUUGAUGAGGAGGAACAACUGUAUUUCCAGAAGGUAGGUGAUUAUGGUGGUGAUUAUAGUGAUAAUUGGCUACCCCUCGCUAUUGAGCGGUUGCUAUAUUUGGAAAAUAAAUAAUAGAUGAUGAUGAUAGUAAUGAUGGUGAUGCUGAUGGUAGUAAUGAUGGUGGUGAUGGCAGGGGUGCCACUUAAUUGCCCUGUUCAUGGUGGUGGUGGUGGUGCAUGAUGAUGAUGGUGGUGCAUGAUGAUGAUGAUGAUGGUGCAUGGUGCAUGAUGAUGAUGGUGGUGCAUGAUGAUGAUGAUGAUGGUGCAUGGUGCAUGAUGAUGAUGAUGGUGCAUGAUGAUGAUGAUGAUGGUGGUGCAUGAUGAUGAUGAUGAUGAUGGUGCAUGAUGAUGAUGAUGAUGAUGGUGCAUGAUGAUGAUGAUGAUGGUGGUGCAUGAUGAUGAUGCAUGAUGAUGAUGAUGAUGGUGGUGGUGAUGGUGACAGAACAUCCUUCGUCAACACAUGCAUAAAAAAUAAUUUUGGAUUUUGACUAUUAAAUGUGGAAAUACGCUUAAACACGAAAACGAGGCUAAGGGGCCUGGCACUGCUUCUAUGACCAUAGCCUGUGAGAAAUAAACUUAAAAUCCAUUCCAUUUAAGGCGGUUCUAAGUUGAAAACAGUGUAGUCGUGACGAGAUUACUGGAAAGGUCUAUUCAACUGCGUUGCAUUUGUUACUUAAUUUGAGUAGGACAAUUUCUGUGCAGUCGCAGAACCAGUUAACUCUCCACAGACAUUCAACUUCAAUGCCAUUUUCUUUUGAAAUUUCCUGAUAUGGUAUGGUUGGAAAAAAUUAAAAAGCAGAUAGAAGUAAUAUAAGAAAAAAAAUACUCCAAAUGGUAGUGUUCGACCACGCAGCAAAAACAAUAGAAAGGGACUGGAACGUUCAACAAUUUCCACCAUCUUUGGCUUCACGUUUUGGACUCGUACGCCUAUGUGACAUAGGCUAUGUCUGUAAAGGUUAACUCGAGCGCACUCUCGUUUAGGCUCUGUGUUAGGCGACUAAAUGGAGAGAUCUGAUUGGCUUCUCAGAGAACUGCUAUUUCCCAGAAGUUGAGCAGUUUUCGCUAGGGAAAGUUUUUCUAUCAAAAUAUGUGAACAAAAAUACUUCGAGCUAUCCAGUAUAAAUAGAGCUAGUUUAGUUUAGGUUUCCUCCUGUGGUAACACUGGAUCAAUAAGAGAUUAUCCUUACUGGACCUCUAGGGAGAACAGUUUAGAACUUAUAGAACUAUCCAGUUUAAAGUAUUAACGGUCCUUGUCUUUUUUUGACAAUGCAGUCUACAAAUAAUUUUACAUUUAUUUUAAAGAAAAAACGGCUUAUUAACAGCGCACAUACGGAAACCUCAAAGAAACGCAUUAAACUCGAUGGGAAAAUAGCGACAAGAAACAAAAUGACUAAUUCCCCCCCAAAAUUGACUGGAAAUGUUGAGUUUAAGGUACGUAUGUUAGUGGAACAAUUGUACAUUUAAUGAUAAAAGUGCACAACUUGGCAUAAUGUUAGGGUAUCCUGGAUAGAACUAUCCAGUUUAAAGUAGUUCAGUAAUGGUCCUUGUCUUUUUUGACAAUACAGUCUACAAAUAAUUUUACAUUUAUUUUAAAGAAAAAACGACGUAUUAACAACGCAGGAACCUCAAAGAAACGCAUUAGAGUGGAUGGGGGAAUAGCGACAGGAAACAAACAGAUUACGGAUUUCUUCCCAAUUAAGGUACGUAUUGAUGAAAAUAUUUGCCUCACAUCGGCUAUUUCACUUUUUUAAGGAUUUUUUUAUAUUGAUAAAAAUAUAUUAAACUAACUCACGAUCCCAUGUGUUUUUUCUCUCACUGUAUAUAUCAUGUUCACUCCCCCCUGAAACUAUAGGUAGCCCUAACACUAAUUGUCUCCGACGGUAUGUUAGUUGAGAAAUUGUGCAUUUGAUGAUAACAGCACGGCAUAAUGUUAUAGGGUAUCCUAGAUAGAACUAUCCAGUUUAAAGUAGUUCAGUAAUGGUCCUAAUUGUCUUUUUUUGACAAUACAGUCUACAAAUAAUUUUACAUUUAUUUUAAAGAAAAAACGGCUUAUUAACAUCCUACCUGCGGAAACCUCAAAGAAACACAUUAGUGUCGAUGGGAGAAGAGCGACAAGAAACAGAAUUACUAUUUCCCCUCCAAAAUUGACUGGAAAUGUUGAGUUUAAGGUACGUAUGUUAGUGGAACAAUUGUACAUUUGAUGAUAACAGCGCACAACUUGGCAUAAUGUUAGGGUAUCCUGGAUAGAACUAUCCAGUUUAAAGUAGUUCAGUAAUGGUCCUUGUCUUUUUUGACAAUGCGGUCUACAAAUAAUUUUACACUUAUUUUAAAGAAAAACUGGCUUUUUGACAGCGCACAUACGGAAACCUCAAAGAAAAGCAUUAGACUCGAUGGGAGAAUAGCGACAAGAAACAAAAUGACUAAUUUCGCCCAAAUAUUGACUGGAAAUGUUGAGUUUAAGGUAUACGUAUAUGUUAGUGGAGAAAUUGUGCAUUUGAUGAUAAAAGCACACAACUUGGCAUAAUGUUAUAGGGUAUCCUGGAUAGAAUUAUCCAGUUUAAAGUAGUUCAGUAAUGGUCCUUGUCUUUUUUGACAAUACAGUCUACAAAUAAUUUUACAUUUAUUUUAAAGAAAAACUGGCUUAUUAACAACGCACAUAUGGAUACCUCAAAGAAAAGCACUAGACUCGAUGGGAGAAUAGCGACAAGAAACAAAAUUACUAAUUUACCCCCAAAAUUGACUGGAAAUGUUGAGUUUAAGGUACGUAUGUUAGUGGAGAAAUUGUGCAUUUGAUGAUAACAGCACACAACUUGGCAUAAUGUUAUAGGGUAUCCUGGAUAGACCUAUCCAGUUUAAAGUGGUUCAGUAAUGGUUCUUGUCUUUUAAGCAGGUAGCACGGUUUUCCAAGCCUAUCCCGAGUUAUUAAACGGUCAAAAAACCGCAAAAUGGUACAAAAAGGCCCCAAAAUACGUAGGCCUAUAUACUUUUUUUAGCAGGUUUGAUCUUAUGUAACUUAAAAUCGGUGUCGAAAACCGUAGUAGCCGUUUAAAUGACCUAUAUUUAGUUUUUUUCGAGCUUUUUAAUGAAAUGGGUGACAUUUGCUAAAACUGAACUUUGAAAUUACACUUUUUUAUAAGAUCGCACUUUAAUAGGUAAAUGGUAAGAAAAACAAAAUUUUGUGCCCCUAUAGCCAAAAAAUUCAAACCUGUCAGUGGUGAAAUAUAUGCAGUAAUGUUAUUCUAACGAUUUAAACUUCCUCUUUAAACUCACGAGAAGACUAAGCAUGCCACAGUUGUAGCAGAUAGAGGGAUAAUGGCCAGUGGUGCAUCAAAGAUGAACCUACCUUACAAUUCCAUGACCGUGGUAAAUGAUAAAGAAGUUAAAAUGGCGUUGGGAAAUAGAAUAAAGAUAGUUGUCGGAGAUGUGGCACAAGAAAAGGUAUAUUCGGUAGUACAGUGGUUGAGUUCAUGCUUUCGCGACUGAGGUUUGAAUACUGGAAUAUGCAGUUUUCCGAUUAUAAU